CGCAGAGAACGAGAGAUCGAGCCGGUCGGUCUUUAGUUGCGUAAAGCACGAUUGGCGCGUAAGUUCUCGUCGUUAGUCGCCGUGUUGUCGUUGCGCCGAGAGCGGCUUGCGCCGACCACCUGUGGCAUCCCACGUUUCGUUCGCAAGCCCCCCCGAGCAACGUGUUAUCCGGCGAUCUCGCAACGGAGGUCUGUAAAUAACGAAUAAUAUUAACGCCGGACUCGGACAAGAGAAUUCCAACAAGUUGAAGCAAGAUGACCGAGCACACACACACGGUCUUGGUAAUUGGCGGAGGUGGUAGAGAGCAUGCCAUUUGCUGGAAAUUAUCUCAAUCGCCGCACGUGAAAGAGAUCUUGGUUGCCCCUGGGAAUACCGGCAUCAAAGAAGUGGACAAAGUACAAUUAGUUGAAUUAAAUGUCAAGAAUACCAAGGAAGUUGCCAAAUGGAGCAAGGACAAUAACGUUGAUCUAGUAGUGGUUGGACCGGAGGAUCCUCUGGCUCAUGGAUUAGCGGACGAUCUAAAUGAAGUGGGAGUGAAAUGUUUUGGUCCACAAAAGAAAGCGGCUCAGAUUGAAGCCAAUAAAGAUUGGGCAAAGCAAUUUAUGGACAGAAAUCAUAUUCCAACUGCUAGGUGGCAAGGUUUUACCUCCGCUGUGGAAGCAAAGAACUUUAUUAAGAGCGCUCCCUUUAAGGCACUUGUAGUAAAAGCCUCAGGAUUGGCUGCUGGUAAAGGUGUCAUAGUCGCGAAAGAUCAACAGAAAGCUUGUCAUGCGAUAGAUGAAAUUUUAAAUGAUAAGAAAUUUGGAGCUGCCGGCGAGACCGUAGUUGUUGAAGAACUCUUGGAAGGCGAGGAAGUGUCUGUACUUGCAUUUACAGAUGGCAAGACUAUUGUGCCAAUGAUGCCUGCGCAAGAUCAUAAGAGAAUUUUUAACGGAGAUUUUGGUCCCAAUACCGGUGGAAUGGGAGCAUAUUGUCCAUGUCCACUAUUAAGUGAAAAAAAAUACGAACAGGUGAAAGUGAAUGUUCUCCAGAAAGCUGUAGAUGGACUUAGAAAGGAGAAUAUCCCGUUUGUUGGGGUAUUAUAUGCCGGCUUAAUGCUAACUGAAGAUGGCCCUAAAGUCUUAGAAUUUAACUGCAGAUUCGGGGAUCCUGAAACGGAAGUAAUGUUACCGCUAUUGGCAUCAGACUUGUUUACGAUUAUGAAGGCUUGUUGUGAGGGAACUUUAAAAGCGUCUCUCGUUUCCUGGCGCGAAAACGUAUCUUCUGUGGGUGUGAUUUUAGCAUCUCGCGGUUAUCCGGAGUCCUCAUCCAAGGGUCAAAUUAUAACGGGUAUUGAUAAAAUAUCGCGUAAACAGGAUCACUUUAUUUUUCACUGCGGCACAACUCUCUCGUCGGAAGGCGAUUUAGUAACCAAUGGCGGAAGAGUUCUUAUCACUGUCAACAUAGCACCAACCUUGGCAAUGGCAGCGGCUAGAGCUACUCAAGCUGCUCAGUUUGUAUCAUUUGAUGGAAAACAAUUCAGAACAGACAUUGCACAUAAGGGAAUUGCCAGAUCUAUCUUGCAAAAGGGGCAAUUAACGUACGAAAGUAGUGGCGUGAGUAUUGACGCUGGUGAUAAUCUUGUAUCUGCUAUUAAACCAGCCACAAGCUCUACAAAACGCGCUGGCACUUUAGGCACCAUAGGUGGAUUCGGUGGCCUCUUUGACGUAAAAGCUGCCGGUUACAAAGAUCCCAUCCUUGUGUCUGGCACCGAUGGCGUUGGAACCAAAUUGAAGAUAGCAAUUGAAUGCAAUAAGCACGAUACAGUGGGUAUAGACUUGGUGGCUAUGUGCGUGAAUGAUGUCCUCGCACAUAACGCGGAACCAUUAUUCUUCCUUGAUUAUUUCGCUUGUGGAAAGCUUGACGUUGGAGUGGCAACGAAAGUCGUAAAUGGGAUUACCGAAGGUUGCAAGCAAGCAGGAUGUUCCUUGAUUGGUGGAGAAACGGCUGAAAUGCCAGAUAUGUAUCCCGAGGGAGAAUACGAUUUGGCAGGCUUUGCGGUAGGCGCAGUCGAAAGAGACAAUUUAUUGCCACGCAUGAAUGAUAUUAAAGAAGGUGACGUAAUAAUUGGUCUUCCAUCGAGCGGCGUGCAUAGCAAUGGUUUUAGUCUUGUGCGAAAAGUUCUGAAACUCGCAGAUAAAAAAUACUCCGAUGUAGCACCUUUUUCAAAGAACAAUCGAACUAUUGGUGAAGAAUUGUUGGAACCAACAAAGAUUUAUGUAAAAAGUGUAAUUCCGGCCUUGCGAACUAAUCUGGUAAAGGGAUUCGCACACAUCACCGGCGGCGGUCUUACAGAAAAUAUUCCUAGAAUUUUACCGGAAAAUUUAAGUGCAACAUUAGACGCGAAAAAUUGGAAUAUUUUAUCAAUAUUUGGAUGGCUAGCUGUAGUUGGUGGAAUCAGUAAACAUGAGAUGCUAAGAACAUUUAAUUGCGGAAUCGGCGCAGUAUUGAUAUGCUCCGAGAAGGAUAAGGCUGAAGUUUUGACUAAACUAAAAGACGAAAACCCUGUGGUUAUCGGAAGCGUGGACACACAUCGCAAUGACCAGGCUAAGAUGUACGUGGAAAACUUUGAAAAAGUUCUGGAAUUGGAAAUGAAACGAUAUGUUCCUGAUGUAGUUGCAACAUUGAGCAAGCCUCUCAAGAGAGUGGGUGUUUUGAUAUCGGGUAGCGGUACGAAUCUCCAAUCGUUAAUUAAUGCCACUCAGGAUCCGUCGCAGCACAUGGGAGCGGAAAUCGUUUUGGUGAUUUCCAAUAAACCUGGCGUUGAAGGAUUGAGACGCGCUGAGAGAGCUGGCAUCAAGACAAUGGUAAUCAAACAUACCGAUUAUCCAAGCCGCGAGUCUUUUGACGCAGCCAUGAACGUGGAACUUCAUUCUGCUGGAGUGGAAAUAGUAUGCCUAGCUGGCUUUAUGCGGAUUCUAUCACAUCAAUUUGUAAAGCAUUGGAAAGGAGCUCUAUUAAACAUACAUCCUUCAUUGUUGCCAUCCUUCAAAGGCGUGAACGCACAUAAGGAUGUUCUAGCGGCGCGUGUGCGUGUAUCGGGUUGUACUGUUCAUUUUGUUGAGAUCGAUAUUGAUUCAGGAGCUAUUGUUGAGCAAGAAGUAGUACCCGUAUUCCCGGAUGAUACCGAGAAAAUUUUACAAGAACGCGUGAAAACAGCGGAACAUCGAGCUUAUCCUCGUGCCUUAAAACAUUUGGCAACUGGUCGUAUAAAAUUACAAGAAGAUGGAACUCUUUACUGGAAUUAGAGAUUACAUAUACAUAUGUAUAUAUAUAUAUACAUACACUGGAUUUAUAAAAUACAAAAGUUCCUUUUUUUAUACU